AUGCUGUUGCUGCUAGGAAGCCCUCUCAUGUUCUUUUACUUCUACAAUGACUCUCCAGACACCACAAUCUUUAAUGCAGAUGUACAAAUGGAUGCCAGUCAAGUACCACCACUCACCCUGAAUACCUCCCAUAUCUACUCCUGGCAGAGGUGUGAAAGAAACAUGUCUGUUAACAGCACCACAGAAUUCCACUCAUUCCCUGACCGUAUGAAAGACUUCCUAUACUAUCGCCACUGUCGACAUUUUCCCAUGAUACUGGAUGUCCCUGACAAAUGUGGAGGAGCUGAACGCUCCUCUGAAGUCUUCCUUCUGCUGGUCAUCAAAAGCUCCCCAGAAAACCAUGACCGCAGAGAGACACUGCGCAAAACCUGGGCCAACGAGACAUCACACAAUGGCAAGUGGAUCAGACGGCUCUUCCUCACAGGAAUGACGGGUACUGGUUUUGAGAAGAAAAGAUUGAACAAAGUUCUUGAGCUGGAGCAAAGGCAUCACCGUGACAUUCUUCAAUGGGACUUUGUGGAUACCUUUUACAACCUCACCUUGAAGCAGGUACUCUUUCUGGAGUGGAUGGAAAGAAACUGUCCUAAAGUACGUUUCCUGUUAAAUGGUGAUGAUGACGUCUUUGUGAACUCAAACAAUGUUGUGAAGUAUCUCCAAAGCCUGAAGGACAAUGAUGGAAGCCAACACCUCUUUAUAGGCUGUCUCAUUGAAGGAAUGCCUCCUAUUAGAGGACCGCACAGCAAGUAUUUUGUUCCAGUCCAGGUGCACGAGUCAAAAUCCUACCCUCCUUACUGUAGUGGUGGGGGCUUCAUCUUAUCUGGUUACACUGCUUUGGUCAUAUACAACAUGUCCCAGUCAAUUGCCCUUAUUCCCAUUGAUGAUGCUUACAUGGGAAUGUGCAUGGCCAAGGCGGGACUUCGGCCCAGUUUGCAUCGUGGUGUGAAGACGUUUGGACUGGACGUUCUCUCUAAGCAUGCAGAUAGAUUCGACCCCUGCUUUUAUAAAGAACUUCUACUGGUUCACAGAUUUCUUCCAUCUCAAACAUAUUUUAUGUGGCACCAGAUAAAUGACCCCGAACUUAAAUGCUUUGGCAAUGUCAAAAAGUGA